UACAAAUGCAUUCUCUAUCUGAACAUUAUAUCUCACUAGUACUUUUGAGAAAACUAAUAUCUGCUUAACUAAUAUGGCAUCUCUCAUCUCUAGCUGGGCUUCUCAAGCGAACUCUGUGCCUGAAAAAUAUGUGGUGCCAUCAGAGAAAAGGUUGAACAUAAAUGUCCCCAUUGGUAAAGAUAUUCCUGUUAUUGAUUUGUCACUACCUUCUGAGAAUAUAGUUAAGGAAAUCAUCAAAGCUUCUCAAGAGUAUGGAGUUUUUCAGGUGAUCAACCAUGGAGUCUCACAAGAGUUGAUUGCUGAUGUCCUUAAAGUUUGCGGGGAGUUUUUCAAGUUGCCUAUUGAGGAAUUGGAAAAGUAUACUGAAGAAGAAGAGUUGAGUGAAUUUGAGAUAAAUCUUGACCAAAAACCAAAGCUUUAUAUUGAAAAGGAGUACAAGCCAAAAAAGAAUGACAAGGAAGUGAUUUUCUGGAAAGACACUUUUGCGCAUUGUACUCAUCCUACCAAAGAAGACCGCAUGAAUUCUUGGCCUGAAAAGCCAGCACAAUAUAGGGAAGUGAUUGGAAAAUACACUGAAGGAGUGAGGAAAACGAGCUCGAGGAUUAUGGAACUCAUGUGUGAAGGACUUGGACUUGAAAAGGAUCACUUAGCCAAUGAACUGAGCCAAAUCCAAUAUAUGGCUAUCAACCUUUAUCCAAAAUGCCCUGAUCCAAGUGUAACAGCCGGAGCAGUAGAACACAAUGAUGGAGGAGUAAUCAAUUUGAUUCUACAAGAAUUGGGUGGAUUACAUGUGCGUCGUCAGAAGGAUGGGCAGUGGUUUGCUGUUGAACCUAUUCCUGGUGCAUUAGUGUGCAUCAAUGGCAUGAUAUUGAAGGUCAUAAGCAAUGGGAAGUUAGAAAGUGGAAUACACAGAGUGGCAACCAAUUCAAUCAGAGAUAGAAUAUCUCUUGGAUGCUUAACAAGUCCCUCCUGUUAUGGAAAAUGCAUCAUAGAGCCUGCAAAAACACUUAUAAGUGAAACUAAUCCUCCAAAAUAUAAGUCCUUCUCCUACACAGAGUAUUUGAAGGUUUACUUCACUGACACAUCUGAAUUUGAAGCUGCACUCAAUCCAUAUAAAAUUUAAUUUAUCCCACUGAGGGAUAAAUUAAUGUGUUGCUAAUAUGAGUACCAAAAUUAUCUAUGAGGAAUAAAUUGUGUGUUUAAUGCUAUGUUUUUAUUUUCUGUAUUUCCAGUUCGAUGCUACAAAGUAUGUAUUGUACUUCCUUUGUGUGGUAAACGAAUUUGUGAUAUAAAUAAAAUUUAUCUUUUGAAUAAA